CACCUCUUGAUGAUAUUUCGUCAAGAAAAUUGCAAUGUUUAUGAGGUGACGUCUGAAGGACUUUUACACAAGUCUAAUUUGAAACAAUCAUCGAGAAAACGAAGAAAUUCAGAAAGCGGACGUCUUUUCGUUCCGCCUUGCAAGACUUUUCCUCAUACAAUUACGAUGUCCGACGAAGAAGGGAUCAAACUGGCAUAAUGAAUAGCAACAGCAGAAGUGCCUUACUUAACCCAACGGCUGUUUCCUGCUGAUGACAUGGGAAACCGACUGAGCGGUAACCGUAGACAAGAUAUCCCCAGAAGUGCCAGUGCCUAUACUUUCCAGCGGGUGUGGUCGCGCACGUCGCGGCGACGUCGCAGCGUGAAUUCGCUGACCGAUCCCUACCUGGCCUCCCGCACCACGUGGCCCGUGCCUCGAACCGAAGCCAUCUUCUUGCCCGAGUACACUGUCAAUCCUAGGAGCGGUGAAAAAGAAUAUAAAGUUUUACACCAAAUCAACAAAGGUGCCUACGGGGAAGUGUUGAAAGUGCAGCGACAGUCUGACAAGAAGUUCUUUGCCAUGAAAGUGAUGUCAAAGCAGGAAAUCAUACGCAACGAUGCAGUGAAGCAAUGCAAAGACGAGGCAUGCAUUCAAAGGAUGGUAGGUCAUCAUGCCUUCAUAGUGCAAAUACACAAGACAUGGCAGAACAAGGUUCAUCUGCACAUUGUCAUGGAUUAUGCAACCCAUGGAGACCUGUACACGCUCUGGCUGCUAGAGGGCGCUUUCUCGGAAGCCGCCGUACAGCUCUACAUAGCCGAACUUGCACUGGUCGUGGAUUUUCUACAUAACGCCGGCAUUGUCUUUAGAGAUCUGAAAAUGGAGAACAUUCUACUUGACCAAGACGGCCACAUCAGAUUAACAGAUUUUGGCCUGGCCAAAUGGCUGAAACGUGGCACAAGAACCAACACAAUAUGUGGCACACUGCAGUAUAUGGCCCCAGAGAUUCUCCACGAGGACCCAUACUACCACGCCAUUGACUGGUGGUCCCUAGGCAUCAUCAUGUUCACUCUACUGACAGGCAGCUAUCCAGUCAAGGGAGCACCUAACCAUCACCUGAUGUGCAGUAAGGUCUUUCACAUGGAGUACUCACUGCCUACCUCAUGCAGCCCUGAGGCUAACGAAUUGGUUACGCAGCUUUUGUGCAAGGAUGCGCUGGACCGUCUCCAGUCCCUCAAAGCCCUCAAGCAGCUGAGCUUCAUGAAGUCGCUCAGCUUUGAGCAGCUCCAGAAGCGCCGGUUGCAGCCCAAGAACUUCCUCAAGCGCAAGCUGCCGGCCACGCUGGCCCGGCGGACCAAGAACGGCAAGAAAUUCAUCUACGACAAACAGUCCACAGAGCUCAAUAUUGAGAACUUCGACUGGCUGCGCGUGACAGCGUUAUAGCAGUCUACACCUCUGCCAGUCCUGCCUGAAUUAUUGUCUGCCAGUACGCAACUCAUUACUAAAUGUUGGUUAAAGAAGGUAGGAUCUGGAUCUCAAUGCACUUGUAAUCCUGUUGUCUUUGAGAGCCAUGGGUUUCUUUGGAGAAACCAAUGCAAUUGUAAAAAAAACUGAAAUAAUCAAUGGUUUGCAAAGAGUGUACAAAAUUAGUUAGAUUUAUAUUUAAAAAAAGUGUGUAUAGUUUGUCAUUAACAAAUCUUAUGGCGGUGAUCUUCCCAGGGCCCAAUUUUCAUAUAGCUGCUGAGUGGAAAAAAAUCGCUUAGCAUAUAUCAGCUGGGUAUCGGGUACAAGCAGUGUGCAUGAAUGUACAUGUAUGAACAUGUGACAUUUUCACCCUAACAGAACUCAACCCAUCAAACCCCAACAUAUUUUGUUGGAAUCUGUCAGGAUGGGUACAGUACCCCUAAACUGGCAAUCUUUUACAUUGCACACCUCCAGAUACAAAGUCAGAAAUAUGUGUGUGCAGUUUCCCAUAUGGUGUUGGAAUAUGGUUCCCAGUAAAUCCUGCUGGGGAGUUGGGGUUAAUGUGUUAAAGGUAGGGUACAUCAUAUGUCAUUUGUGCAUUGUUAUUUUUUUUUUUGGUU